GUUCUUUUUCUUUUUUUUUAUCGUCCAGCUCUCCAUGAUAUUUUUUUGCACGAGAUCACUACUGUACAAGUUCAUGAUUUUAUCGAUUGUCUCGAACGAAUACCACCAACCUCUUCAAUGGUCUUGACACAACAACUGUUUGUGAAUAUUUUCCGGCAUGUUUCAUGCUUGCACUGGCAUUUCAAAUGUGACGAUGGCCAGGAAUGCAUACAUUCGAUGGCAAAAUGUGAUGGACACCAGGACUGCUCGGACGGCAGCGACGAAUCGCCGCACUGGUGUCGCAAUGUUGCCAUUGAUAAUUGGCCAUGCGAUGAUCGAAAGGCUUCCAUUCCGCGAUCCCUCAUCUGCAACGGUUUGGUUUUUGAUGCUUCCGAAAGUUUUCGUCUUAGUUAUGAGAAAGAAAUAAACCCUAGAGUAAACGAUUGUAACGAUGAAUCGGAUGAAGCGCAUUGUCGCUGUGCCAGUCCGUCUCAUCAUUUCGAUUGCGCUGGUGUUGGUUCAUUUGCCGCUUCCCGACCUGGAGAAUGUAUUAGCCGAGAGUUAAUGUGCAAUGGUGUCAGCAAUUGUUAUGGUGGCCAAGAUGAGGCAAAACAGGUCCUUAUCAUUUGUUUUUACACUCAUAAGCGUCGUAAUGGACCGAAAUUUAUCAGAUGUUCGGAACUAUAUUAA